AGAGUAGAGGAAGGAUCCUCACAGGUCUCAGCCUCCUGCAGAGAGAGAAGGACAGGGGAGGGAGGGGAACAGUCCAGGAGCAACUCUGCCACAACUUGGACAGCCUCGACCAGGGGCUGCACUGCUCAGCUGUUAGAGGGUCCUGCACUGUCCUGCUGCAAGGGAACCACAAGCGCUUACUGACUUGUCCUGCUGCAAAGGGAUGUCCACAGGCGCUUGCUGACCUGUCCUCUGCCUGAAGAUCUGUCCUGCUGCAAGGGGUCCACAGGCACAAUCACUGAUCUGUCCAGCGCCAGGAGAUGUGAACUGUACUGCGCUCUGGGACCACAGGCACACUCAUUUACUGAUCUGUCCAGUGCCAGAAGAUCCAUCCUACUAUUAGGGACACAGGGGAACAACUAUACACUGGAUCAUCCAGUGCCAAGAGUCCUGAAUUGUCCAGAGACUAUAAUACUUCAACUUGGACAUCUUUUCCUCAACCUACAGCGUUAGGCUGGACCAUUACUUUGCAAAAGUUCCCUACCAACAUCCUCUGCAACUCACAGCAAAAGAGCUGACUGGGGCACCUUAUGGACCACCCUCUGCGCCUAUGAGUGCCGAUCCUGCCAGCUCCGAAUACACUAACCAGGGCACCUGCUUCAGCCAGAGGUGUGCCACCAUGGCUACUUACCCAGCACCUGACGAGAACAGCGUGGCACUCAUGGUGCACAAUCCUAAUGGUAGCAAAGAGGUGGAGAGGGACAAGGACGAUUUGAGUCAGGAAAAAGGGCAGGAGAAGCCGGAUCCCUCCCAGAAGCCCCCUUAUUCCUAUGUGGCCUUAAUCGCCAUGGCCAUCAGGGAGAGCCCAGAGAAAAGACUGACCCUGUCUGCUAUAUACCAGUACAUAAUCAGCAAGUUCCCAUUCUACGAGAAGAACAAGAAAGGCUGGCAGAACAGCAUCCGCCACAACCUCAGCCUCAAUGAGUGCUUCAUCAAGGUGCCCCGGGAGGGUGGCGGAGAGAGGAAGGGCAACUACUGGACCCUGGACCCAGCCUGCGAGGAUAUGUUCGAGAAGGGUAACUACAGGAGAAGAAGGCGGAUGAAGAGGCCAUUCAGGCCUCCUCCUACUCACUUUCAGGCAGGGAAGAGCCUAUUCAGCAGUGACACCUAUGGCUACCUGUCACCUCCUAAGUACCUGCAAUCCAACUUCAUGAACAACUCCUGGCACCUAGGGCAGCCUCCUACCCCCAUGUCUUACACCUCCUGCCAGAUGGCCGGGGGCAAUGUCAGCCCAGUCAAUGUGAAGGGACUGUCUGCAUCGUCCUCCUACAAUCCUUAUUCAAGGGUCCAGAGCAUGUCAUUACCCAGUAUGGUCAACUCCUAUAACGGGAUGAGCCACCAUCACCACCACCCUCAUGCCCACCACCCCCAGCAACUGAGCCCUGUCAGCCCUGCUCCUCCACCUUCAGCAACCUCUAAUGGGGUGCAGUUUACCUGUGCCAGGCAGCCCUCAGAGCUGUCAAUGAUGCACUGCUCCUAUUGGGACCAUGAAACCAAGCACAGCGCCUUGCACCCUAGAAUAGACCUUUGAGAGCGUACCCGGGAGAGGACUAUGGACCUACAGUAUGUACCCUGGGUAGACCUUUGAGGCUAGACAUUGCUCAUUGAGAAGAUGCGCCCAUAGUCCCAAUCUGUAUUUGAGGAUUCUUACAGGGGAAAUGAUUUUAUUGCAGCUCUCUGCUGAAGGCAGUGUAAGUGUAUGAUUGUGUAAUAGUGUGUUUUACCCGUCUCACUCUUAUGACACUCCCACGGCCUCUGUAUUCUGGAAAGUCACAAAAUGCUUUAGACAGUAAAUUACUUGCCAUGGAGCAUCUUAUAUUGUAAAUCAAUAGUCCUCACAGCCCUCAUGGAAUAGUCUUGAAUUUUUAAAUGCUGCCAAGACCACAAAUUAGGGAGUAGUAUGAUAACUACAAACUGCACAUCCAGUGUCCCCCUAUCAGAGCCUGUAAGCCAGUUUGUGAGAUCCCAGGAUAGCUCUUAACAUUGUCUAGCAUAGUGGAACCGGCUUAUAUCAUUUAUAAUCGAUCAUUUUGUCUCCUUACGUGUUAUGUACUCAGAAGUUACAGCAGCAAACCUGGUGAUUGCAGGGCCCUUGUAUAAAUGGUAAAUUUAUGUAUUUUAUUGACGCUUAUUAGGACACCAAUUCCCAAAUUAUAAGAGAGAGACACACUACACUUGCAUAAUCAUUUCUACCGUAUGAAUGUGAAGUAGGAGAUUUUGUGUCCUGCUCCUAGUUAAUUUGUGUAAGUGUUUGUACUGCUGAGACUGUGAGGUUUGAUCCUUUCACUUUAUGCGGGAUGGAGAUAAAAUAUACAGCACCGACUGUCACCCAGAGCAACACAGUCUAUGGCAAGUACUUGGGACCAAUUCCUCAGACUAAAUCAAUUAGCACUUUUUUCAAAUUGUUGUUUGUUUUUUUUGUGUAUUUUUAGCUUUGUAAAUUCCCCAAUAAAAUAUCAUUUUUUUUUCUUUUAACCAUG